AUGUUCAUGAAGUCAGCAGAUGAGCUUUUCGGGCCAGUAACUACAAUCCGGUGUCCUGCAAGUCCUGCAAAGCAUAUUCCGUGGAAAGCAUUCACAAUUGGGCCUGUGGAUUGGGAACACAUUAACACUACUCGCAACAUCGUCUCCGAUGCCAACAACAUUCAGCAGUAUUUCUCCUCAGAACUACAACCUACCCUCUGGCGAGCAAUCCCGGCCAUCGAAGAACUGCAGACUGCAUGGGAAGCCAAGUGUGAUGAUCCAAAGUACACUCUCUUCAAGCCAGUGAUUGAGCUCAGACUGGAAAAGGUCAACAAGUACUAUAGAAGGUUCGAUGAAAAACCAGUUUACGUCCUGGCCCUUGUCCUGCAUCUAUAUUAUAAACUCAACUACAUCAAGAUGGCCUGGGGAGGUCCUAAGGAGCAAGAACUCGAACACGCUGCUGGUAACCCUAAUGCUGUAGACUGGCAUGAUGAAGUGCUGAAGAUCGUUGAGAAGACCAUGCGAGAGUAUUCAAAAUGUAUGCCCACAGGUGCCACCACUCACUCCUCGUCUCCCAUCAAUCCGCUUGCAUCUACUGAAACACUUGAGUCUGAGUUUGAUCGUCAUUGA